AUGGCUGUUCAAGACGUUGUUACCCGUGAAUAUACUAUCAACUUAUCUAAAAGAUUACACGGUAUUCAUUUCAAAAAGAGAGCUCCAAAGGCUAUGAAAGAAAUCAGAAAGUUCGCUACCUUACACAUGGGUACUUCAGAUGUCAGAUUAGACCCAAGAUUAAACGUCGCUGUCUGGAAAAGAGGUGUACAAGGUGUUGAAAAAAGAAUGAGAUUAAGAAUUUCAAGAAGAAGAAAUGAUGAAGAAGAUGCCAAAGAAAAAUUAUACGCUUAUGUUGAACCAGUUGUUGUUCCAUCAGCUAAAGGUUUACACACCGUUGUCGUUGAUGAAGAUGAAGCUUAA